UUCAUAGACCCCAUUCUACCGAUUAACGCCUCAACCCCCCAGACGCCUCCUAGUUCGGCGAAAGAAUUGCGAGGAUCCUACCGACUUUUAUCACGCAAUUUAAAACGAGGCCCAGACGAUUUUAAAGGGCUAACUAGUCCAUCGAGGAAAAAGAAAAGAGCGAAUAAGAAACCCAACCAUCUUGGACCUAGUAAAGUGGAUGCAAAUUUAACAGCGGAUACAGUCACAACGAAUACCAUGUCCGCAGCUGAUGACACCACUUGCACAUCAUCGCCAACCGAUUCCUUGGUGCUGGGUGCGCAAUCCCACCUGCCGACCUUGUUGAACCCUGUAAAAGCGGUUGACACCAUGACAAGUAUAUUAUGGAAUUGCGUGAAGCUCAAUAAUACUAUUAGCAAGUAUGGUCGGCAAACUCAGCAAAUCUGGUCCACCACAGAAGUCGAAAAAAUGCGAUUGUACGUGGACGAUAUCGCGCAACGUGAAUAUGAAGAGGCGAAGCUGGAGGUGCAAGUAAUGGAGACAAGGAAGACCGUGCUGGGAGCGGAGCAUCCCUCCACUCUGACCAGCAUGGCAAACCUGGCAUCAACCUACCGGAAUCAGGAUCGAUGGAAUGAAGCUGAGAAGCUGGAGGUGCAAGUAAUGGAGACAAGGAAGACUGUGCUGGGGGCGGAGCAUCCCGACACUCUGAGCAGCAUGAAUAACCUCUCCUAUACUUGGAGAUCUCAGGGGAAAAUACAAGAUGCAUUAGCUCUGAUGAAACAAUGCUCUCAUUUGAGAAACAAAGUAUUAGGGUCCAGCCACCCGCAUUCCGUGUCAUCCUCUCGUUCUCUUAAUGAUUGGAUGGAUGAGUAUAAUUCAUUAAGAGAUCAAACACCGCUCACUGAGAAUAGUUGUCUACAGCCUCUGCGAGAAGUUUUAGCAGACUCUACAGCAGCUGUGCAAAACUCCCAAGCCACCCGUGGAAUCAAUCUUACUUAUGCCCCAGCUGUUAAAUUAUUCCUUGGAAAUCACCCGCUCAUCAUAGCUGCUAGAACACCCUCGCCUAGGGCCGAAGGCCAAGACAUACAAGAUGUGGAUUAG